UGUAUUACUGUGGAGGUGCUGAUGUUUCUACAUUGAUGGUGCCUGAAAACUCCUUCCAAUAAAACACAACUGUAAACAAUUGCACAGAAUCUGGAACAGAAUGUCAGCAAGCAGGAAUGGGAUUCCCAAAAUGUGUGGAGCCUGCCUUUUCGCUUUCAAUCCCUUUGCUCUACUUGCUGCUGUAACACUGAGGGUGAGCCAGGACAGCGUGAAUGGAACUGUUGGUGAGUCUGUGCUGUUAGCCGUUUCUUACACUGUCUCAGACCCAGGCGGUUACUUGCGGAUCAGAUGGACUAGAGCUGGGAUCAGAAUGGUGGACUACAGAUGCAUAUCGGAUAGAGACAACAGCCUGUCUGGGCGCUGUCAUUACCUGCCAGUUCCCGGUGAUUACAAACAUCGAGUGGUUCUUUUCCCAGAGAAUGCCUCACUGCUGCUGCAGCACUUACAUUUCAAUGACAGCGGAAUUUACGAACUGUCCGUCAGCCACUCGGAGGGAACAGAAACCGCCAAGAUCACUUUAAUGGUGCAGAACACCACAGAGUGUGGAAUGGAUACAAACACGAAAGAAACAUCAAGAGCUGAAGCUAAAAUUCGAUAUGCUAGCCUUGUUGUUAUUUUGAUCUUCCUGUGUUUCACUGUGAAAACACAAAGAGGUUGUAAUCGAAUACAGAAACGAACAGUAAAGAAAAAGACUGCUCAGGGUGGCUGGGUAAGUGAAAUAUUCUGUGGAAAGAAUUCAUUAUCGAGCAACUCUGCUGUGACAUUCAGUGAGAUGAAGUUGUAUAAAUCUACAGGAGCAAUGGAAAGGAAGAUGUAUGCCACUGAUGAGAAUAUAGAACAUGCUCGAAUUCAAAUAUUGAGGACCUGAUCAUAACAUAAAGAUUCGACUGUUUAUAUUUUUCCACUCUGUGAUAAUUAUUAUACUAACAUUAUGUAUAAGUAUAAAAAUUACUAUAUUGGCUCCAAGCAUCAACUUUAACUGAUUGUCCAGUAGUAACUAUAGAACCUAAUUCUUUCUGAUAUCUGCUUGAAUUUGGUAGCCAUUAUUAAUUAAUAGAACACUUAAGAUUUCUUCACCUUCGAGAGAACUGUAGCACAGUAUGGUUAGAUGGGAGAAGACUAGAUUUUACAAGAUAUGAAAUUGUUUUUUGAACAUUGUGAAAGACUGUAGGACUGUGGUAGCAAGUUUCAAUUUGCUGCCUGAGGAUUUAGUAACUAAAUUGUGUUGAAACUAUGAGAUAUAUUGAUAUGUAUUUCAAUAUUAAUUUACUACAAGUCUGGGUUCUUGGAAUUCAAAGCCAAGCGUACGGGUUUGUCUGUGUGUUUGGAGUUAACAAUUAGCUUUAAAGAAAAUACAAUACCCAUAAUCCUCAGUGGGAUUUCUAGCAUUUCUAGCAAGCAACCUCCAGGGUUAAGGAAGAGAACUUUACAUUCUCACAUAUGAUGGGUUAUCAACUUAUCUCACAAGGAAGGGAUAAAGAGAAAUGGAAGGGCCAAAUUCUGAUGAAGAGAGUUGCUGAUUCAUAGAAUGCAUUGCUAAAGGGAGUAAUGUAGCAGAGAAUGCCGAAAUUUUCAGUCGAUGCAGAGUUAUGGGAUUGCAUGGGUCAUUGUGAAUAAUUCCUUCCAUAAAGGAGGUCAGUUUGAAAUUUUAGAAUUGUGAAAAAUAAAAGGUCAUCAUGUCGAUGGCAGCAUAUUAGCAUGCAUAGAAGAGUGGCUGGCUAAAAGCGUCUUUUUCAAGGUGACAAGGUAUAUGAAACUGAGUUUCACAGCGAUUUGUACCAGGACCUCAAUUGUCGAUAAUUUACAUAAAUAACAUCAGUCAGGGAUGGAGGAUGCCACAUUUGCUGAUGGCCCAAAAAUAGAUCAGAAAAUUUAAGUUGUGAAGAGGACACCAAGAGUUUACAAACAGAUAUAAAAAGCUUGAGUGAGUGGGGAAGAAUAUGGCAAAUGGAACAUAAUGUGCAAAAAUGCAAAGUUGCCCAUUUAGGCAGUAAGACCAUAGGAUGUAGGAGCAAAAGUAGGUUUUCAGUCCAUCAGGUUGCUCUGCCAUUCAAUGAGAUCAUUCACAGCUGA